GAGAGAGAGAGAGAGAGAGAGAGAGAGAGAGAGAGAGGGAGGGAGGGAGAGAGAGUUUAGGGUGUUCUAGAGAUACACAGACAGACGGAGAACCGCGGCCAUGGCGGAUGAUUCUGUUUCUGUGGAUAUGGAGACGAUCUACCUUGGCGGAAAGGAACAUCAUGUACAAACUGGCUGCGGUUCUGUGUCUGUUAUAGUUUGUGGUGAUCAAGACAAGCCUGCUCUGAUAACUUAUCCUGAUUUAGCUUUAAAUCAUAUGUCUUGUUUCCAAGGAUUAUUUUUCUGCCCUGAAGCUGCUUCCUUGCUGCUUCACAACUUCUGCAUAUACCAUAUAAGUCCUCCUGGGCAUGAGUUGGGAGCUGCUUCUAUUUGUGUGAAUGAUCCUGUGCCUUCUGUUGAUGAUUUAGCAGAUCAGAUCAUCGAGGUUCUCAACUAUUUUGGGCUUGAUGCUGUGAUGUGCAUGGGAGUGACAGCUGGUGCUUACAUCCUUACAUUAUUUGCUAUGAAAUAUAGAGAACGUGUUCUUGGAUUGAUACUUGUAUCCCCUUUAUGCAAGGCACCUUCAUGGUCUGAGUGGUUCUAUAACAAGGUGAUGUCGAAUUUGCUAUAUUUCUACGGAAUGUGUGGUUUGCUUAAAGAGUUUUUGCUUCAGCGGUACUUCAGCAAGGAAGUUCGUGGUAGUCCAGAAAUUCCAGAAUCCGAUAUAGUACAAGCAUGCAGAAGAUUGCUUGAGGAGAGGAAAAGCAUGAAUGUUUUGCAGUUUCUUCAGGCAAUUAAUAGGAGACCUGACAUUUCGAAAGGGUUGAAGAGUCUAAGAUGUCGAACUCUUAUAUUUGUCGGGGAUAGCUCUCCUUUCCAUUCGGAGGCUGUCCAUAUGACUUCAAAAUUGGAUAAAAGAUAUUGUGCCUUAGUUGAGGUCCAAGCUUGUGGAUCGAUGGUAACAGAGGAGCAGCCCCAUGCAAUGUUGAUACCCAUGGAGUACUUCUUCAUGGGAUACGGGUUGUAUAGGCCAUGCCAGUUUAGUGACAGCCCAAGGAGCCCACUCAGUCCAUCCUGUAUAUCGCCGGAGCUUCUAUCUCCCGAAAGCAUGGGGUUGAAGCUAAAACCUAUAAAGACCCGUGUUUCGAUUCAAGUGUAAGUGGGGGAGAGGUAGAAUUCCAAUCGAUUCAAAUUUUUUUGGGGAGUUUCUUUUUGAUAUGUUUAGAAGGAUAGAAUGAACUGGAGGCGGUUGUAGAUAGAAGGAAAUAUAGGGGGGUGGAAACUGGAAAACUUUCAUUCAUUCAUUUGUAGUAGUCAGUCAUAAAUGAUGUACGAGCUGCCUGUAAAUUCUAAAGAGGACUGGAAUUUGUUUAUGAUGACGAGCAAGCAAUAAUGAAGAGGAACUCCCGGAAUCCCAAUCUUUGAAAGA